AUGGCUCCAUUCAUUACCUGUGUUAACAAUCUCAGCAAGGCUAUUACCAACUCCACAAUCAAAGUGAGGUGUGUUCGUGCUUAUCAAGGUUUACCUGAAGACAAGAAUGACAGAAGCUUAGAAUGUGUGUUUCAUGACUCGAAGGGUACCAGAAUUCAAGCAACAUUUCCAAACAGUUUAAUCCAGAACUUUGGAACUAAACUUAGGGAAGGAGGGAUAUUUUGUAUUAAAAAUUUCUUUGUGAGACCUAAUACUCUCAGAAACAAGGCAGCAAAUCACCAGUAUAGAUUGCUAAUGAAUGUCAAGACGGAGAUGGUUGAGGUUAAUGAUGUUAGGUUUUUGAGAGAAAUGUUUGACUUCAAGCCCUUUGGUGAAAUAUCACAAUAUGAAAAUGUUGAUGAUUCAUCAUUCUUUGAUGUCAUUGGUGUGAUAACCGGACCUGGUAGAGUUAUCUCUCAAUCUAAGUAUAGAUUGAUUGAGAUUGAAAUAUCUGAUGAGAAUCACAACAAACUAUUUUGCACAAUAUGGGAGUCAAAUGUUGACUUAUACCUGGAUCAACUGAAAAAGAGUGAAGGAACAAUUCCAAUUGUUAUUAUUCAGUUUUGCAAGCGCAAUCUAUUUAGAGGUGAAAUUCGCAUUUCUACACAUUUUCAAGCUUCUAAGGUUGUGAUCAAUGCUGAUGUUAAAGAAGUGAAAGAUUUUAGGAUGAGAAUAAGAGAUGAUAGCAGAUUUCUUCAGCAAGGUUCUGUCAUUGAAGGAGGACAAAGGCUUGGUGGUGAAUAUGAUGAUCUACAAGUGAAGUCCCUUGAGGAUUUGUCUUGCCUAGAGGAAGGUUCAUGUUGGGUGUAUGGUAAAAUUGAGUCAGUUGAGUGCCAUUAUGGUGAAUGGUAUUUUUUGGCGUGUAAGACUUGUGUUAAGAAGGUCAGAGAAGUGGAUAAUGAAUUUAACUGUUCUGGAUGUACAAAAACUCAUUCUUAUGCAGUUAAAAGGUGUGGUUCAAGUUUGUGGUGA